CAAAACUCUCCCCCUCAAUCGCGGGGAGACUGGACGCCCCGCCGAGCCCAGAGGGGGCGGGGCUCCGGGACGGGCUCUGCUCAUCGGGGGCGGGGCCAGGCAGCGCCGUCUGCGCUACCAUUGGCCGAGAGCCCCGGACUGGCGGGCGCACGUCACGGGCCGGGCCCACCCCCUUGGCAAUGUCUUCAGCCUGCUGCACUCCUAAGUUAAGCAUUUAUUCCACUGGGAUAGAAGCGGCAGGAGCAGCGUUGGCAUCGGCGAACCAUGGCUGGGAUUUUUUAUUUCGUCCUUUUUUCGUUUCUCUUUGGGAUUUGCGACGCUGUCACCGGUUCCAGGGUGUAUCCCGCGAAUGAAGUUACCUUAUUGGAUUCCAGAUCUGUUCAGGGAGAACUUGGGUGGAUAGCCAGCCCUCUGGAAGGAGGGUGGGAGGAAGUGAGUAUUAUGGAUGAAAAAAACACACCAAUCCGAACCUACCAAGUCUGCAACGUGAUGGAGCCCAGCCAGAAUAACUGGCUGCGAACUGAUUGGAUCACCCGAGAAGGGGCUCAGAGGGUGUACAUCGAGAUCAAGUUCACCUUGAGGGACUGCAACAGUCUUCCGGGUGUCAUGGGCACUUGCAAGGAGACGUUUAACCUGUACUACUAUGAAUCAGACAACGACAAAGAGCGUUUUAUCCGAGAGAGCCAGUUUGCCAAAAUUGACACCAUCGCAGCCGACGAGAGCUUCACCCAAGUAGACAUUGGCGACCGAAUCAUGAAGCUAAACACGGAGAUCCGGGAUGUGGGGCCGUUGAGCAAAAAGGGGUUCUAUCUGGCUUUUCAGGAUGUGGGGGCCUGCAUCGCCUUGGUAUCGGUCCGCGUGUUCUACAAGAAGUGUCCGCUCACCGUUCGCAAUCUGGCCCAGUUUCCGGACACCGUCACAGGCGCUGAUACUUCUUCCCUGGUGGAAGUUCGAGGCUCCUGUGUCAACAACUCAGAAGAGAAGGAUGUGCCAAAAAUGUACUGCGGGGCAGAUGGUGAAUGGCUGGUACCCAUUGGCAACUGCCUAUGCAAUGCCGGGCAUGAAGAGCGGAAUGGAGAAUGCCAAGCUUGCAAAAUCGGAUAUUACAAGGCCCUCUCCACGGAUGCCGCCUGUGCCAAGUGCCCGCCACACAGCUACUCCGUCUGGGAAGGCGCCACGUCGUGUACCUGUGACCGAGGCUUCUUCAGAGCGGACAACGAUGCCGCCUCCAUGCCCUGCACCCGCCCACCAUCUGCUCCUCUCAACUUGAUUUCAAAUGUCAAUGAGACUUCUGUGAACUUGGAAUGGAGCAGUCCUCAGAACACGGGUGGCCGCCAGGACAUUUCCUACAAUGUCGUGUGCAAGAAGUGUGGAGCGGGUGACUCCAGCAAGUGCCGACCCUGUGGAAGUGGGGUCCACUACACCCCACAGCAAAACGGCCUGAAGACCACCAAGGUCUCCAUCACUGACCUCCUGGCUCAUACCAACUACACGUUUGAAAUCUGGGCGGUGAAUGGUGUGUCCAAGUAUAACCCUAGCCCAGACCAAUCCGUGUCCGUCACUGUGACCACCAACCAAGCCGCACCCUCAUCCAUUGCUUUGGUCCAGGCUAAAGAAGUUACAAGAUACAGUGUUGCUCUGGCUUGGCUGGAACCAGAUCGGCCCAAUGGGGUGAUCUUGGAGUAUGAAGUGAAGUAUUAUGAGAAGGAUCAGAAUGAACGAAGCUAUCGAAUCGUCAGGACAGCUGCCAGGAACACAGAUAUCAAAGGCCUGAACCCUCUGACUUCCUAUGUUUUCCAUGUCCGAGCCAGGACAGCAGCUGGCUAUGGAGAUUUCAGCGAGCCCCUGGAAGUCACAACCAACACAGUGCCUUCCAGGAUCAUCGGAGACGGGGCCAACUCCACUGUCCUGCUGGUCUCCGUCUCGGGCAGCGUGGUGCUGGUGGUUAUUCUCAUCGCAGCUUUUGUCAUCAGCAGAAGACGGAGUAAAUACAGUAAAGCAAAACAAGAAGCAGAUGAAGAGAAACAUUUGAACCAAGGUGUUAGAACUUACGUGGAUCCCUUUACGUAUGAAGAUCCCAACCAAGCAGUUCGAGAAUUUGCCAAAGAAAUCGACGCAUCCUGCAUUAAGAUUGAAAAAGUCAUAGGAGUUGGUGAAUUUGGCGAAGUAUGCAGUGGGCGUCUCAAAGUGCCUGGCAAAAGAGAAAUCUAUGUGGCUAUCAAGACGCUGAAAGCUGGAUAUACAGACAAGCAGAGAAGGGACUUCUUAAGCGAGGCCAGCAUCAUGGGACAGUUUGAUCACCCAAAUAUCAUUCACUUGGAAGGCGUUGUCACCAAAUGUAAACCAGUAAUGAUCAUAACAGAGUACAUGGAGAAUGGCUCCUUGGAUGCAUUCCUCAGGAAGAAUGAUGGCAGAUUUACGGUCAUUCAGCUGGUGGGCAUGCUUCGUGGCAUUGGGUCUGGGAUGAAGUAUUUAUCUGAUAUGAGCUAUGUCCAUCGAGACCUGGCUGCACGGAACAUUCUGGUCAAUAGCAACUUGGUCUGCAAAGUGUCUGAUUUUGGCAUGUCGCGAGUGCUAGAGGACGAUCCGGAAGCAGCAUAUACCACCAGGGGUGGCAAGAUUCCCAUCCGGUGGACUGCACCAGAAGCAAUCGCCUAUCGUAAAUUCACAUCUGCAAGUGAUGUAUGGAGCUACGGGAUCGUUAUGUGGGAAGUGAUGUCCUAUGGAGAGAGACCUUACUGGGACAUGUCCAAUCAAGAUGUGAUUAAAGCCAUCGAGGAAGGCUAUCGGCUGCCCCCUCCAAUGGACUGUCCCAUCGCGCUCCACCAGCUGAUGCUAGACUGCUGGCAGAAGGAGAGGAGCGACAGGCCGAAAUUUGGGCAGAUUGUCAACAUGUUGGACAAGCUCAUCCGCAAUCCCAACAGCUUGAAGAGGACAGGGAGCGAGAGCUCCAGACCUAACACUGCCUUGCUGGAUCCAAGUUCCCCUGAGUUCUCCGCUGUGGUAUCAGUAGGCGAUUGGCUCCAAGCCAUUAAAAUGGACCGGUAUAAGGAUAACUUCACUGCUGCUGGCUAUACCACGCUAGAGGCUGUGGUGCACGUGAACCAGGAGUAAGUACUCAGCGAUGUAACACAAAGGUGACCUGGCCAGGAUUGGCAUCACAGCUGUCACACACCAGAAUAAGGUCUUGAGCAGCGUCCAGGCAAUGAGAACCCAAAUGCAGCAGAUACACGGCAGAAUGGUUCCAGUCUGAGCCAGUAUUGAAUAAACUCAAAACUCUUGAAAUUAGUUUACCUCAUCCAUGCACUUUAAUUGAAGAACUGCACUUUUUUUACUUCGUCUUCGCCCUCUGAAAUUAAAGGAAAAAAAAAAAAAUCUGCAGCGUUGCUUGGUGUACAGAUUGCUGAAACCGUGGGGCUUACAGAAAUGACAACCGUCAUUUGAAUUAGACUUGGAACAAAUUGUUUCUCAGAAGUACAUCCGUCCAUCACUAAUCUGUAAAAUACAUGUACCUAUAUAAAUAGACCACCGCCUCCGAGUUUCGAUGCCGUGUUUGCUGCCAGACGCUGAGCUUCUCUGAGACAUCCUCGAUCGUCUCUUCAUUUGGAAUUACAACCGUAGUAUUUUGUUUGUGGCAUAAACUACAGUCCAUCCUUCUUUCACUGGAAUGAAGACCGUGCCCAGGACCAUUUUUAAAGGACCCAGUUGUAACUUUUAAGGCUUGGUUCGUACAGUGGAUAAAACCUAAGUGAACGUCACGUGAUUCAUCAGUGUUGCUGCCCCGUGCUCCAGUCACCUGGUGGAUUAUGACGACAUGAGGGGCUGGAGAGAAAAGGAAAGUGGAUUUUAAAAUAAUAAUAGUAAUAAUAAAUCCCAAACACCCCCUUCCUGGGCAAACAAGGGACUUUGGGCCCGAGGCUGUGCCAUAUAAGUCUUAUUUGGGAACUCUACAAACUUAUCGUAACUACCUUAUGGAUAGUGGAUUGUGACAAUCUUGUGUAGGAAACUUUCAUACUUUCUUCCUUUAAAGAAGCAAGCCCAAAUCUACAAGGGAGUAGAUUCUGCUAUCUUGGUCUCACAGCCCUUCCUGUUGAUUACAAAGCCCACAGGAGCAAACAGAACACACCCUCCUCAAUUCCUCCUGGACGUGUUUCUUCUGCUUCUACUAUGAUGGUUCUGGAGCAAAGACACUGAUGAAACGAUACUCUUGGAUGAAAGGAAUAUGUUUCUGACUUUCAAAUCCUCUUUCCCGGUGAAAGAAACAGCAAACAUUCAAGCUUCAGCAUCUGUUCUCCCAUUGCACUGAGGAAUGUCCCACCUGGCAGCACCAGCUCUGCAGAGCCCUUGUUCCUGAACUCCUUCGGUUUUAUUUAUAUGUAUUUCCAUAUCUCAUUCCUGUAUGUCCCUGCUGCAUUGGUGUGGCAGCAAAUGACUGAAGGCUACAGGUUUUACCACGGACACCAGGUCAGGUGCCACCACGCAGAACAAAGCCAGUUCCCAUGAGCUGCCUAUGAUAUGCAUUGCUGAAGUAACGUUAUACCCAGGGUGUGCCAUCACAGUGAUAUAAAUAUAUUUUUUUCCUAGACUAACUAUGAGCUGACUAUCUCUUUUGAUGUGUGUACAUAGGUGUGCCUGUGUGUACGCGUGUGUAUGUGUGUAUGAGUAUAUAACCUCAUGCUUAGAACUGCCUGUGAAUGUUGUGGAAUGCUACCCAUGGAGGGGUCUGGUUUGCCACCUGUUCUGAGAUGAAGAGACACAUGAGACAGUGGGCCUGGAGACCGUGCCCCGUCCCCUUAGAAUGAAAGCCAGGAAACAUUAAAUAUCCUGUAUCUAUACGUGUAUUUUGUAGCAGCCACCCUAACCUUAAUAAGUCAUCCUACAGCUUUGGACAGAGGCAUUUUCACCUUAGCGGUGGAGUAAUUUUAGAAUAUAAAUCCAUGCAGGUGACAACCCAGCAUCAAAAUCACAAAUUCUGAUUGAACUCCUCAUCUGAAUCACCAGUUGCUUGGUGGAGGGCGAGAAGGGGAUGGAAUUUGUCUGGUACCCCCCCCAGUGGAAUACAAGUAGCCUUUGUUUUCCUGCAUAAAUGGACUUGUUGAAUGCGAACAAAUAUAUGCAAUUCAUAUACUUUCGGAGAUGAACGUAGAUGUGUGUGUCGGCUUCGAGAUGAUGUGUCCUGGAUUAAUACUUUGUCUCCCAGUGUCACAGAAAAAUACAUGCCAGUGACUCUUGAGGUUAGCAUAGUUGGGAUGAAAUGGCCUCAAGCAACUUCAGGUUCCCAGUGUACAUGGAAAGUUCUGCCGUUAUGAAUAUGCAGCUAACUUCUCUGGCCCUCAAAGAUGCAUCAGCCUCCUGGAAUCUGAGGUCCAGUGUGUGAAGAUUCAGUUUUGGUCUGAUACAUAUACCAAACUCCAGCCAACAUACUGCCAUUUUUCAUAAUCGGAGUGGCUGCCUUGCUUAUUCUAAGCUAUGGUUGCAGAAACUGUGGCCAUUUGUAUAAGCUAUAACAUCAAAUCAGGGAAAAAUGGGGAAAAAAUUCUAAACCCUAUGUUGUUGAAUAAGUAGAGAAAAUCAUCAAUAAAUAUUUAUUGCAUUCUGACAGGGUGUAUGGCAUUGUAUUCUCAUAACUAUGCCAGAGUGACAAAGUUAAUUCACCCCUUUUGGGGGACUUUAAUAUAUUUUUAAAGGGAUGUGCCUAUGCAUUGAUGCCUGAAAAAAAUAUGUAUAAAGAAAUGAGGUUGAAUCUCUGGGCGGGUUUUCUUUCCCCAGAGGUCAGGGCAGGAGACCAACUUCAGGGGCUGUAUCUGGUCCCAAGAAUGAAUGCUGCCCUAGUGAAUGCAGAUGCUAAGUCAUGCUCAGAUGCUAAAUCAUUAGGCAGCAUUAAGCUGUUCCCCUGCACCAAAUUAAGUAGCUUCACCAUGUGUUUGCUGGCCCCAAAUUAUUUUUAACAAUCUUGAGAAUGAAAUGCUUUGGUGUGUUUUACAAAGUUAUUUUAAAGAAAGGUUAUGCUCGCUACAUUGCUGGUGUGUGUGUUUUUGAGACCUCUUGUAUUCAAUCUGUGAAGGAUAUGUGUAUUAAUCCAUACACACUUAUAGCCUCAAUAUUUGUCUGAAGACACUUAAAUUCUGACAAAGGAAAGUUCUAGAAGCAAUAUUUUCACUUCUUAAACAUUCUCCAAACAACAUCAAGCAUUGAUACACACUGAAGAGUGCAUUUAUUUUUUUGUAUCACUCCAAGUAUGUUGGAAUAUGCAAGGACUGUGGUUAAAAUUAGAAUGUAUAAGGCAUAUUAUAAUUUAGUUCAUACUGAAGAAGAAAUUAACAGAACAAUGCUUGGUUCAUACAUUUUCCAAAAUUUGAACAAUCUCUUGAGUUAGACAUAGAGAUUUUCUAUUUUGUUUUAAUUUGUCAAGGUAUUUUUUCUUCCCUUCAUGAACUUUAGGUACACAUAACUUAUGUCAUUUAUUUAUGGUCUUUUAUACCUAGUUUGUAAAUUGUAAAAUAGCAAACUAAAUGCAAAGAGUUUGCAUUUGAAAAUAAUAAAGUAGUUGCCGUAUACAAA